AUGAUUUCUCUCCAUUUCUUUUAUAUCUUGUGCACUCUCUUUCUCUGUCUAUCUCUUUCAUUUUUUCUUUCUUUCUUUCUUUCUUUUCUUCUUUCUUUCUUUCUUUCUCUUUCUCGUCUUCUCUUCCUCUCUUUCUAUACACGGCAUUUAUUUCUCUUUCUGUCCAUACACUUUUUUCUCUUUGUUACAUAUAUUCCUCUCUCUUUCAACGCUAAACAUUUAUUUUUACAUUUGAGUUUACCUCUCUCUCUCUCUCUUUCUCUCUUUCUCUCUCUCUCUUUCUCUCUCUCUCCACACGCACCCUUUCUGUCUUUUUUCUCUACCCUCGAUUUCCUUUCUUUUCAUUCUGUCCAUACACUUUUUUCUCUUUUUUCCCUCUCUCUUUCUCUCUCUCUCUUUCUCUCUUUCUCUCUCACUCCACACGCACCCUUUCUGUCUUUUUUUUCUAUCCUCGAUUUCCUUUCUUUUCACCCUCUUCCGCUUUCUAAACCUAUUCACUCUUCCUUUCACUCCGUUUUUCCCUCUUUAUACAUUUCUACUCACUAUCUUUAUGACCACUCAUUAUGCUUUCUUUCUUUCUUCCUCCCUCUUACUGCACUACUUUUCUCUCUCCUUCUUUCCAUCCCCACACACUUAUCUGAAUUUAAGCUAAUUUUCACCAUUUUCUUUAUCUCUUGUACAUUCUCUCUCUCUCUCUCUAUCUCCCUCUCUAUUUCUAUCUUUCUCUCUCUUCCUUUAUUUCUUUAUUAUUCCUUACUUUCCAUUCAUUUUAGCGUCCUCUCUUUCUAUACACGCCCUUUAUUUCUCUUUCUUUCUAUACACAUUUUCUCAUUCCCUCCCUUUCUCCCUCUUACUAAACAUUUAUUUUUACAUUUAAAUUUACUCUGUCUCUCUCUCAAUCUUUCUCUCUCUUUCAAUCUUUCUCUCUCUCUCUCUCUCAAUCUGCAAUUUUUACAUUUAAAUUUACCCAGUCUCUCUCUCUCUCUCUCUCAAUCUUUCUCUCUCUCUCAAUCUUUGUCUCUCUCAAUCUUUGUCUCUCUCAAUCUUUCUCUCUCCCUCUCUCUCUCAAUCUUUCUCUCUCUCUCUCUCUCUCAAUCUUUCUCGCUCUUUCUCAAUCUUUCUCUCUCUCUCUCUCAAUCUCUCUCUCUCAAUCUUUCUCUCUCUCUCUCUCUCUCUCUCAAUCUGCAAUUUUUACAUUUAAAUUUACCCUGUCUCUCUCUCUCUCAAUCUUUCUCUCUCUCUCAAUCUUUGUCUCUCUCAAUCUUUCUCUCUCUCUCUCUCUCAAUCUUUCUCUCUCUCUCUCAAUCUUUCUCUCUCUCUCUCUCAAUCUUUCUCAAUCUUUCUCUCUCUCUCUCUCAAUCUUUCUCUCUCUCAAUCUUUCUUUCUCUCUCAAUCUUUCUCUCUCUCUCUCUCUCUCUCUCUCUCUCAAUCUGCAAUUUUACAUUUAAAUUUACCCUGUCUCUAUCUCUCAAUCUUUCUCUCUCUCUCUCAAUCUCUAUCUCAAUCUUUCUCUCUCUCUCUCUCUCUCUCUCUCAAUCAUUCUCUCUCUCUCAAUCUUUCUCUCUCAAUCUUUGUCUCUCUCUCUCAAUCUUUCUCAAUCUCUCUCUGAAUCUCUCCCUCUCAAUCUCUCUCUAUCUCAAUCAAUUCCACAAACAUUCUUUGAUCUAUCUAUCUAUCUAUCUAUCUAUCAUUUUCUCUGUGUCGGCGUCUCUUCAUGACUAUCUAUCUAUCUAUCUAUCAUUUUCUCUGUGUCGGCGUCUCUUCAUGACUAUCUAUCUAUCUAUCAUUUUCUCUGUGUCGGCGUCUCUUCAUGACUAUCUAUCUAUCUAUCUAUCUAUCUAUCUAUUUCAAAUUCCAAUAAUCUAUCUAUCUAUCUAUCUAUCUAUCUAUCUAUCUAUCUAUCUAUCUAUCUAUCAUUUUCCCUGUGUCGCCGUCUCUUCAGGACUAUCUAUCUAUCUAUCUAUCUAUGUAUCAUUUUCUCUGUGUCGGCGUCUCUUCAUGACUAUCUAUCUAUCUAUCAUUUUCCCUGUGUCACCGUCUCUUCAUGACUAUCUAUCUAUCUAUCUAUCUAUCUAUCUAUCUAUCAUUUUCCCUGUGUCGCCGUCUCUUUAUGAUUGUCUGUCUAUCCAUCUUUUUCCCUGUGUUGCCGUCGCUUUAUGA